CAUUCAACUGAGCGUGAGGACCUACAGAGUUUAUACACCGAAUCCACCUACUAUAAACUUGUUUACCAUUUAGAGCAAAAGUGUAUCAUACGUUUUUGAUAUCUACCACGUUUUUAUUCAUCUUACAGAAUGAGUUUUAACAAAGCGAAAGAGUAUAUAGAGGAGGGAGAUACUGUUAUAUUAUAUUUGGGACCAAAUAAUAUGCACUCUAUCGAUGUUGUGCAUAAGAUCAUGAAUAAGAAGGGUGAACUGACUGACAAUGUUUUUCAAACAAUUUAUGGAGCACUCAAAGUACCAUCACUUGUAGGUGAAAAAUAUGGUGCUAAAGUACAAUUAUCCAGAGGGUGGGCUUAUGUUCUACAGCCUACAUCAGAACUUUGGACUGUUACUCUUCCACAUAGAACUCAAAUAAUUUAUACACCAGAUAUAAGUCUGAUCACAUAUUUGCUGGAAUUAGUACCUGGUAGUAUAGUUGUUGAAACAGGAACUGGUAGUGGGUCACUUUCUCAUUCUUUGAUUCGUAUAAUACAGCCCUUAGGACACCUAUACACUUUUGAUUUUCAUGAACAACGUGCUUCUCUAGCAUGUGCUGAAUUUGAAAAACAUGGACUAAGUGACUUUGUUACUGUUCAACAUCGCGAUGUUUGUGCUGAUGGCUUUGGAGAGAAACUUAAUAACAAGGCAGAUGCGAUUUUUCUAGACUUACCCCAUCCUUGGUUAACCAUAGAUCAUGCUGUAAAGACUCUAAAAAAUUCAGGAGGAAAAUUGUGCUCAUUCUCUCCUUGCAUUGAACAAGUACAGCGAACGUGUGAGAAGUUAACAGCUACUGGCUUCGUUGAUCUGAAAACUUAUGAAUGCUUGGAGAAAGAAUUAUCAGUACAGUAUAAGAGUCUUCCUGUAUUAGAUCUUGAAUGUUUAAAACACAAGCGAAUUAGUGAGGAAGCAAUAGACAAAGUAGAAAAAAAUGAAGAGGAUCGACGGAAAUACGAAAAAAUUCUUACAGUAACACACUCAUCCUCUUUACCUGGGCACACUGGCUUUAUAACAAUUGCGACACUACCACCUGUAUUUGCAAGGAUAAUAAAAACAAGUUAACACCAGCCGUGAUGUAUAGUAUAAGAAAUAAUUAUAUAUUAACAAUAAAUUGUAUAAGGAGAAAUUUUUAUUAGCUAUCAUUAACUGUUACAAUCAUAAGCAGUCUAUAAUUGGUAGUAUUCAGUGCAUAGUUUCAUCAGACAUCCAACAUAAGGACUGACUACUUAAUGAAUUAAUUAUUAUAUGAGUAAACUCAACAACUGAGUGUUGAACGGAUUGUUCGCUAAAAUGUAAACAUUCUUUGACGUAAUACCACUUACGAUGGUUGAAUCUGUCAGAGAAAAAUAAAAAUAUUUGAGACAGCAA